AUUGUCGUGACUUUUAAAUGCUAAAAAAAAGGCAUUGACAAAUAUAUCUUUCAAAGUUUUCCUUUUUUUUUUAACUAUAGAUAUGAGUUUUCAAUACAAAUUGAGAUGUCAAUAGAUCAAGUUUCUUCCUCAAUUAAAACUCAUUUGUCGAAAACAAAUCCUCCUUCAUUCUCUUCUUCACGGUCAACACCAUCAUUACCUAAUUUAGUGAACUAUGCGAUACCAUCUACUAUGUCAAAUCUAUCUAUUAUAAAUAAUACAUCGAUCUCCUUGAGUCAUGGAUCUAAUGAGCAUAAUAUUAAUUAUAAACUAAUACAGAAAACAAAAAAUUCAAUUGUCUGCAAAAGACGACAUUCGUUUAGCAGUUUUCUAGAUGUAAAAUGUAGAAAGAAAAUAAACAUUGAUGACGAAACGGACAAUGAUAAAACUAGUAGAUUAAAGAUAAUGAGUGAUGAUAAUAGCUUUUUGAAUUCUGCUAGAACAAAUGGACCAACAGCGAAAUCAGUUUUGAAGAAAAAAAGAUAUAGACCAAGAUCUUAUUCAGAAAUGUCCUCUAGUUUACCACGAGUUGAACGAGCACCACCUGUAGCUAUUACAAAUAAAAUACCAGCAUAUGAAUAUUAUGGAUUUGUCAUGUAUUUGUCUUCCUUUGUAGCUUUUGGUAUUUAUCUGAUUUGGGCUUAUGUCCCUGAUGAAAUAUUACACCGACUAGGCAUUACUUAUUAUCCAAGUAGAUAUUGGGCAUUAGCUAUACCUAUUUGGUUAAUGACAUUUGUAUGGUUUAUAUUUAUUUCGUUCAUGACAGUUAAUUUAAUGAAUACUGCUCCUUUUGAUUCAUUAUAUUGCAUAACAGGUAAAUAUGAUAAUGCCUUUUUUUAAUUAUCUCCUCUUACUUAUUUGUUUUAGAUGAGCAUGCAAAUUUAAUGAGACUAGAUAACGAAAUAAUUACUACUAGACCUGCAGAUUGGAUUCCAGAGCUUCAUGACUUACCAAUCAGUUUUGUAAAUAAGUUUCUUUAUCAAGAAGAGGAUAAUGACAUAAAUUCAUACAAUAUCAAUAUACCAGAUAAAUCUAGUAAAGAUGGCAUUUUAAUAUCAAGAAGGAAAC